UAGCAUCGAGCUCCAGGGGUCGAACCCAUUGUCACAUACCUCCAAGAGCUUCCUUUGCAUCUCCGCGAGUCGACCCAUGUUGUGCAGACGCGAUAGAGGUUGCGAAUAAAGAACAAAAGUCAAGCGUAGUGGUGGUAUUGGUUAGACAGGCGCCUUUGUCUGUUCCUCCCAAACAGUCGUUUAGCGCUAGAGACACUCAAAACUUGCAUCUCUUCUGUGACUUUCGCUUGAAUUCCCGACAAUGUCACGGCCUGAGCUUGUUGCUCCUCCAGAGAUCUACUAUGGUGAUACCGAGGCAACGAAAUAUACCAACAACUCCCGUAUACAACAGAUUCAAGCAGAUAUGACCUACCGAGCUCUGGAGUUGCUUAAUCUGCCUCCCGAAGAGCCUGCGUUUCUCCUCGAUAUCGGAUGUGGUUCGGGUCUCUCAGGCGAGAUUCUAACUGAGGAGGGCUAUGAGUGGGUGGGCAUGGAUGUGGCACCCAGCAUGCUGGAGGUCGCCCUAGAACGUGAAGUGGAAGGGGAUUUGUUCUUGCAAGACAUUGGUCAAGGGAUGGGGUUCCGACCUGGAAGCUUUGACGGCGCAAUCAGUAUAUCUGUUCUACAAUGGCUACUGAAUGCCGAAACCUCUCAUCCGACAUCUUCACCACCACAUCGGCUAACACGGUUUUUCACGACCCUGCAUUCUGCACUACGAAACCCUUCAAGAGCCAUAUUUCAGUUCUAUCCUACGUCGGACGAUCAGAUUCAGCUUAUAACAUCUAUCGCGCAAAAGGCUGGUUUUGGAGGAGGUGUUGUGGUCGACUACCCUAACUCAAAAAAGGCAAGGAAGGUCUUUUUGUGCCUAUAUGUUGGCAGUGGUGGAGGUCAGCAAGCACCUAAGGGUCUGGAAGGUGAAGAACAGGAAGUAGACGAGAGCAGGGCAAGGUUCGAGUCUCGCAGAGAACGAGUGAAGAAAGGCGACAAGAAACGCAAGCAAAUCAAAGGCAAAGAAUGGACUUUGCGAAAGAAAGAGUUGUAUCGUCAACGCGGGAAAGAAAGUGUACCUCGCGACUCAAAAUACACUGGCCGCAAGCGCAAAGCAGUUUUCUAAGAACUGGUUCCCGAGCAAAGCCAUUCAUUAAACUUGUAUAGCUACGGCGUAUGCUGUUCUGACAAAAGCGUCCUGACACCCUCGACCGCCUCCCUCGCCUUGCUCCUGAUGAACAACCCCUGCAGCGCAGCCAUACUUACUCUCCUGCCCGCAUGCAUCUGCUCCUCGAUCAUCUUUUCGAUCGUUGAACCCAUUACUUGCAGUUCACUUGCAUCGAUCUUCUCCCAUCCGGCGUCUUCCGCUUCACCUUCACUAUAGAAUCUCAUGAAGAGCUGCUUGGCCUGUGAAGGGUUCGCAUCGUCUAUUCGAACGGAAAGAUCGACACGUCCCGGACGUAUCAGCGCUGGAUCCAGUCGUUGUGGGUGAUUGGUGGUCAUGAAAACGAUCCGUUCCUCUCCUGAUGCCACACCAUCGAGUGCGUUCAAAAACCCGGAGAACGUCACCGAGGAUUGAUACCUACAACAAUACACCGUGAUAAAUACAUUCGUUUGGAACAUAUUCACGCUUACCCAUCUUCGCUAGUUUGCACGCGUUUAUUGAAGGCUGCAUCAACAUCCUCAAUGAGAACGAAACUUCUUUCAGGUGUAUUGGAGAGCAAAUGGAUGAGUUUGUCGUCGGCCAAUCCACGUUCAGAUAAAUUGAGCAGACAGAUGUCGUAAGAUAGUGAACCAGCAAGUGCCUGUAUGAAGGACGAUUUCCCUGAGCCUGGAGGACCGUGGAGGAGAUAUCCUCUCCUAUAUGGAAUACCUGAACCAGUGACGUGAGACGUAAAUACCGAAGGCAAAACAAGACAAGAUGAUCAUAAAUGUAUACCUCGGUCCGCAUACCAUUGGCGUCGCUUCAAGAAAGCCGACACGUCGUGUAGAAUUUUCUCAGCAAUGCCUUCUUGCAGUACGACACUGCUCAGAGGUCGCUUCCGCCGAGGCAAGCCGAAAGGCUUCCACUCAAUUCCCCAAG